UUUCUCUUCAAAGUUCAAACCCCUCGAAAAACCGGGAAAUUUUGUAUUCUCUGAUUGUCUCUUCGUUUCCCACUCGAGCUUCAAAGAAAUGCUACCAUGCUUUCUUCUCGUUCUUUACACUAAAAUCUUCGCUGCUAGAAAUCUCCUUUAGUUUACGGAAAGAAUGGUGUACGGUGAUCAGCAACAGCAGCAGCAGCAGCAGCGGCCGCCGCAGGGAAGCGACAAUUUUCAUCGGGAUCUCCUCCAGUCCCACAUUACCAAGCUUCUUCAACGAACCUCACUUCUGGUUAUCAUCACUUCUCGGCUCAUGGGGACAGUUUUGCUGCCAAAAGAAUUAGAAAGCUUGUUCAGAGAAGAGCUGUUAAUUAUACGAGCACUGUUGUACGAUAUAUGCAGACUCGUAUGUGGCAGCGGGACUCAAGGGAUGGGACUGCAUUGCAACCCACACCAGCAGCAGCAAUUGAUAUGUUGCCAACUGUUGCUUAUGCAGAUAACCCAUCUACAAGCUUCACUACAAAGUUUGUCCAUGCAUCUACAAAUAAAAACAAAUGUCCAAUUAAUCAAGUCUUGUGGGCUCCUUCAGGGAGACAUCUCAUCACAGGCUUACAAUGGCCAGUCAUUUAAAUUUGAAAGGAUUCUUCAGGCUCAUGAUCAGGCAAUUAGGUCGAUGGGAUGGAGUCACGAUGAGAAUUGGAUGGUCAGUGGUGAUGAUGGGGGCUCGAUAAAGUAUUGGCAAACUAACAUGAAUAAUGUGAAAGCUAAUAAAUCUGCUCAUAAAGAAUCUGUUUGUGAUCUGAGUCUCGUAGUUCAAAUUCAGCUGGCAUGUGGUUGCUCGGAACAAAUAUUGUUCUUCCUUCUGAUCUCCCUCACCCUCCAACACCACAUGGCUCAACACCUCAGUAGCUGUUUGUUUAUCAUCUGUACAUAUAGUUCGUUCAGACUCCAAUUGCAUCAUGAGAUGACGAUCAGCAAAGAGAAAAAGGAUUGAAGGUGCUAAAUUCUCAGUGUUCAGCAUGGGAAAAGAAGAAAGAAUAUGGAGUUGAUAUGCAAUUAAUGUUAUUCUUUUCACUACACUUUGGUGCAUUUCGGUGUUGGGAUUGUAUCCAAAUGGCUUUAUGGGAAAGUGGUAAAGAUAGGUUGGGGUUUCUUUGUGCGACUCCAGAGGCUUCUUCUAUAGCACCUUGUCUAUAUUACUAAUGAAAUGUUCUUAAAAUGUUUGACAUAAUUCUUAUUUUUGUCUACCAAAAUUCUUGUUUCACCAAUUAAAAGUUCCGUACUUUUCCA